GUCCUAUGAUUGAUGAUCAACCAACUGGUGACUUAUUUGCAAAAUAUCUCGAACCACUUAAUGAUUGGGAACCAUUUGCUCUUUCCCUUCCUGGUGGGAUAACACAACUUGAUGUUGAUAUAAUUAAAACAAAAGGAAGCUCUUACCUCAGGAUGGAGGCAUUACAUAAGAAAUGGUUACAAGUUAAUCCUACAGCAUCAUGGAGAGAUGUCAUUAAUGCUUUGAAACAAUGUAAAGAAAAUGAACUAGCUAGAACUAUUGAAGACAAAGUGACAGAUCCUACAGAAGAUAUAGCUGUGAUGGCCAAUAUAUACACUACUAAUCCUGCAGACCCUAUGACUGGCAAAGAGCUUAAUAUGGCAGCAGUUACAAUGAUAUUUACUCCUUCCGCUACCCAUUGCAUGCUAAUAGGGGCUGGAUUGAAUGUAAAGGUGUCUGAUCUGAUGCCAAUACCAGAAGCAGCAACUACCAAUCUUAUUGUUGUAUUUGAGAGGUGGUUUGAUACUGAUAAAGAUGUUAAUUGGGAUACAUUAUUAAAACUUUGUAAUGAUUAUCCGGAUCAACUGGGCAAAGCAAAAUCUAACCUUCUGGCAUAUAUAGGUAAGAUACUAAAUCAAUGUCAAUGCAUAAUAAAUGCAAGUGUGUGCAGUGACCAAUAG